GAGUGUCAGAAAGUGUCGUAAAAAUUCAAGAUGGCGACUGCGAUGAUAGGACGUGGUGUUGCUUUCAUCAGGAGAACAUCCGGUUUGUUCCAGUCGAGGUUGCAGGUUCUGGCUGGAAUGUCACAGCAGCUCUCAUGUGUCCACACCAGCAUUCCACUGGACUCAAAACACUGGGAGAGGGCGAACCGGAAAGUGUUCCCGCCUCAGCUGCCGGAUGAGCCUCGGCGACCUGCAGAGGUCUACCACAGCAGGAGGCAGAUCAAAUACAGCAAAGACAAGAUGUGGUAUCUGGCCAAAAUGAUCCGAGGGAUGAGCAUCGAUGAAGCUGUGGCUCAGCUGGAGUUCAACGACAAGAAAGGAGCACAAAUCAUGAGAGAGGUCCUCCUCGAGGCUCAGGAGAUGGCAGUAAAGAAUCACAACGUGGAAUACAAGUCUAACCUGUAUGUAGCCGAGUCGUUCUCCAGUAAAGGGAUGUACCUGAAGCGGAUCCGUUACCAUGGCAGAGGAAUGUUCGGCAUCAUGGACAGAGUUUACUGUCACUACUUUGUCAAGCUAGUGGAGGGUUCUCCGCCCAAAACCGAGCAGAGAACGGGCUUCGACCAAGCCAAAGAGUACGUCCAAAACCUGAAGAAACGGACCAUCAUCCACAGCCUGUAGACCAGGUCUCACAUGUUUGGGUUGUUUGAUAUUUGUAAAUAAACAGAAAUAUGCCAAACAUGA